AUGGAUAAUGAUGUAUUAAUUAAAAUUCAGGAAACGCCAGAAAAAAUAAUUCGAAAACGACAAAUUCAAAAGAAACAAAAUUUUAGAAGAACUACGACAACACCUAUUCCGACAACCAUUAAAUCAAAAAUAUUAACUACAAAAUUGCCUUUAUUAACAACAACAACAAGUCGUCCGAUAUUACCAACAAAACGACCAAUAUUAACCACGACAACGACUUUGCCUAUUCAAAAAAAUAAUUUUAUUAAUUCUAAUAUUGAUAUUCCUCCCAAUUAUAUUCCUGCGAAACAACCAAAUUUACAAGUUAAAAAUAAUUAUUUAAAAGGAGAAAAAGGAAUGCCUGGAGAAAAAGGAAUGCCUGGAGAAAAAGGAAUGCCUGGACUUAAAGGAAUGGAUGGAUUUCCUGGGCCACAAGGGAUGAAUGGAAUACCUGGGAAAAAUGUAAAAGGAGAAAAAGGAGAUGCUGGAGUGCCAGGACAACCAGGAUUAGGAGGAUUGCCAGGAAUUAGAGGCAAAGACGGUAAAGUAGGAUUACCAGGGCUACAGGGAAUGACGGGCCCUAAAGGUGAAAAAGGAAUUGUUGGGAUAAAUGGAAUUAAUGGACAACCAGGAGUGCCUGGGCUGCAAGGGCCAGCCGGGGUGAAAGGCGAAAGAGGCAGCCCAGGACUGAAUGGAAAAGAUGGCGUACCAGGGCCAAAGGGUGAUCCUGGAACGUGGGAUGAGAAUUUAAAUCCCUUAACUUAUAAACGAGAUCUGUUUGACCCGGAGGAAGCACAGAAUGAGAGGGACCGAAUUAUGGAACAAAAUCAUGAGAAAAGUAGACUAAAUUAUUUGGCUUGGCAAGAAUCGCAGGAAAGGGAGAAAAUUAUGCGUCAACAGUGGAUGGAUUCAUGUUUAACUAAAAAUCACCAACUUGGAGUAGCAAAAAUUUUGGCAGAACAAAAUCCUAGGGGAGCUGCUAGAUUGCUUUAUGGACGUCAAGAUAUUACUGCAUUUCUGGAAAAAGAUAUUAAAUUAAAAUGGACAUUAAGUUUGUGUACCCCUGUAGAAAUUGAAAAAAUAUUUUGGGAGCAAGAAAUUAAUGGAAAUUGUUAUAACUUAUUACCUAUUAAAGUCAAAGGGAAAAUUCUUUUCGCAUCUCCAGGAAGUCCUGAUUUAAUUUCCGAAGCAAAAAUAAUACCGUGCGACAAGGAUAAAAUUGUCGAAAAUAAAACAAAAAUUUUGGAUUUUAACCAAAAACAACAUUCUUUAUUUAUUAAACCAAUAAUUGAUUUAAAGACAGGAAUUAUUUUCAAAGCAGAAAACACUUUUGAAAAAGAAAAAUUAACCAUGAAAGGAGAUUUACAAAAAUUUUCAGAUUUAUUACAGCAGUCACACUUGAAUUUGCCUAUGGAUAUUCCCCAACCAGAAGUUGAACAAGUCAUGACUGGAAUAUUUGGAGCGAUAGAUUUAUUCCCGGAAGGAGCAAAAAAUAUUACAUCAGAUGUGGCGCAAGGUAUAAGAGAUGGUAUGAGUAAUGGAAUUGAAAUAGGAAAAGAAAUGGCUGUAAAUAUUAAAGAAAAAGGGAGUGAAAUUAUUUCAGAUGCGAAAGAAAUUAUUGAAGAAAAAUGGACAUUGAUGACAAGAUUAUAUUGGCUUUUAAUUACUUUUGGAAUAUUGGCGGCACUCUCAAUAAUUACUUAUUUAUCUUGGAAAUUUCGUAUAAUUUUUAUUUUAUUAUGGAAAGGAAUUAUGUUGGGAAGAUCAUUGGCUAGAAUUUUUCUUACUAAAAAUACAAAUGAAAAUAAUAAAAGAAAAGAAAUAAAAAUUGCAGCAGUUGAAUUGCAAGAAUUAAAUCCAAAGCCUUCUGCACCAACAUUAGAACAAUUAGAGGAAAAAGCUUAUAUAUUAGAUUAUAUUCCCUCAAUUUGUUCAGUGAAAAGUCGGAAACGAUGUUAUAUUGAAGUACUUUUGGAAGGGAAAAGACAAAAAGCGCUGGUGGAUUGUGGUGCUGAUAUUUCUUAUUGUGGAAAAUCCGUGGCUAUAAAAUGUGGAUUGAAAAUUAAACCAGGAGAUGUUCCUUUGGCUUGGGCUGCAAAUUCCACCCCAAUUUCAUUUUUAGGCUCAGCUAUGGCAAAUGUGACAAUGCGUGCCCUGGAGGUUUGGUAAUAGGAACCGAUUUAAUGGAGGAAAAGGAAGAAAUUCACCUAAAUUUUAAA